AUGUUUGAGUAUGAGUCUGAAGACUUACAUACUCCCAUAUCAUCUGAUGAUGAAGGCAGAGGUGAAAAGUUUCCAGAGUUUAAUGAUGAGUAUGCUCAUGGUGAGGGCAGGUUUGAGCUAGGAACUAGGUUUGCCACUGUAGAAAGGUUCAAGGAGGUAGUUAAAGAUUCUUUCAUUGCUGAGGGUCGGGAAGUGAAAUUGAUAAAAAAUGACAAAGAGAGAGUGAGAGUGGGGUGUGGGGAUAAGGAGGGCCCUUACUUGGUUCACUUAUCAUACAACAAAAGUCUGCAGUGUUAUCAAGUGAAGACCUACCAUCCAGAACCCACUUGUGCGAGGGAUUUGGGCAGCAACGCUGCUGAUCAACACUGGCUAAGUAAGAAGAUUGAAAAGCGGAUGUCCACCCAACCACACAUGAAUACAAAGGAGGCUACUGAUUUUCUUAAAGAGGAAUUUUCCCUCUGUCCCCAUUCUAAAAUGGUUUAUAGAGCAGUGAAGGAGGCUAGGGAGAAGAUCCAAGGAAAUGAAAAGGAACAAUAUAAUAGAUCCAGGGAUUAUUGUGAGAAAAUACUGAGGAGCAAUCCAGGCUCAUCAGCCAGGCUUGAGCUCAUGCCAAUUCCAGAUGGCCCCCUUCUUCUAGCAGCAGUUGCUCAGGAUGCCAACAACCAAUUUUAUGUUGUUGCCUAUGGAGUGGUCAGGGCUGAGACUAAGGAAGCCUGGAAGUGGUUCCUGACCAAUCUGCAAGGGGACAUAGGAGACGAUGCUAACCAUGGCUGGAACUUCAUAUCGGACCAACAGAAGGGUUUGCUUUCUGCAUUGAAGGAGGUCAUGCCACACGCUAAGCUCCGCAAUUGCGUUAUGCUUAUGUGA